AUGGCCAACGUGAGGCUGACCCACAAGCACAGCUCACGCGCCGAUUGGAGGCGGAGGCGGUGGCCCGGCAGGCACGGGACGUGGCGGGACUGGCCGAAGCCACGGAGGAGCACCAGGCCUUCCUCCGCGCGUGGCGCGAUCUGCUGCAGGCCCAGGUCUCCGCCCACAGCGCGACCACUCCCCAAGAAGCCGAAGCAGCCCAUAAACAAGUCUGAACACAAGUAUUUUUAUUUAUAUUUGUUUACCGCUCUCUUGCUCAGUUGUCGGCGUCGGCCUGGAGCAGCAGGUCCAUGGUGA